AUGAAGCAGACGAGUCAUUCUUCUCUGCAAGAGACGGAGCUGAUGAACAUAGAGACUGCUCAUCAUCAUGAAGAAGAUAGGAUGAGAGUUCUCUAUGAAGCUUCAUAUAAAGGAUGUGUUUCAACCUUGAACUCACUGCUACAGGAAGACCCUGGAAUCUUGCAGAAAAUUAGCUCACAAGCUAUCUUCAUAGAAACUCCCCUGCACAUAUCAGCUUCACAUGGUCACCUUGAGUUCACAAAAACCCUCCUUUCUCACAAACCAGAACUUGCCCUUGAGAGAAACUCUUUACAAGGCACACCUCUCCACUUAGCUUCUGCAGAAGGCCACAUGAACAUUGUGAAGCAGUUGUUGAAAUACGGUGAAGAGGCGUCCUUUGUUCGUGACCAGGAAGGCAGAAUUCCCUUGCACUAUGCAGUUAUAAGAGGCAGAAGAGAAGUUGUGUUGGAGCUGAGUAGAGCAAAGCCAGAGUCCGCGAGGUUACAUGAUGACAACGGGGAAAAUAUUUUCCACUUGUGUGUGAUGUACAACCACUUGGAGAUCCUUAAAGAUUUGAUGGCUUUGCAUAUUCAUGACACCAAUAAGCUUCUCAUUGAGCGAGACUCGGAUGGCAAGAACACCAUUCUCCAUUUGGCUAUCAUGCUGAAGCAAGUCAAGACUGUGAGUUACCUCCUUUCAAUUCCAAAAAUAAGAUCAGAAGCACUGAACUUGAAGAACGACAUGGGUUGUACGGCCCCAGGUAUCGUUUAUGGAUUUCCCAAGGACUCCAAGAGCCUUGAAAUACAAUAUAAUGGCGAUUGGGUAGAAGACAUGAGGGGGAAUCUAAGUCUGGUGGCUACUGUCAUCUCAACCAUAACCUUUCAAGCUGCACUUAACCCUCCGGGAAGUGUCAUCCAACAAGAUAUAAGACCCAGCGAUCACGAUUUCAACCUCACUACCAGUUACAACACUUCGAUCAGUGACGGACCCCUCGGCUGCUUGCCGUACAAAGAUGGUUAUGGGGUUAAGCACCCUUACGGACCUUGUCCCGGGCAAGCCAUGUUUGCUUAUCGUAACCCAGAUUCCUUUGGCGAAUUCUUAACCUAUAACACCAUCUCUUUUGUGGCAUCUCUGUGUGUUGCCCUCUUGCUUGUAAGUGGAGUUCCUCUCAAACAUAGAUUUGUGUUAUGGCUCCUAUCUAUAGGCAUGGGCAUAGCUCUCACCUGCCUUCUGAACGCCUAUUUUAUUGGCCUCGACCUUAUUUCCCAAGACUCUGUGCAGACCGGAAAGGGGGUGAUGAUAGCCACUACAAUUUUUAUUGGUUUGUAUGCACUGGUUGGUGUAUACAUUGCGGUGAAGUUUGUUAUAUGGGCGGUGAAGAAAUUGAAGGACAAGAUAACAAAAGCGAAGAAAUAG